UCCCCCUUUUAGUCUUGAGAAAACGAAACGAAAAAAAAUCAUCUUCCACCAUUCUCAGUCCCUAUAUAAUUUACACAGCAAGCGUCUCGCAGUUUCUCCUUCGCCUUCUCUUCAUAAAGCUUCUGUUUUUCCCGAUAGUUUGUAUAUACGCAUUCUUCCAAUCGGUUUGGUAACUGAAUUUGCAUUCGUUAAUCUAAUUUAAGAUAACUGGAAGACGAAUGAACGAGCGGGGAGGCAUAGGAAGAUAAUGAACCUUCCCUCUGUCCUUAAUCUUAUUGUGCCUCCCCUCAGAUCUUAGUUUUCUGCGAGAUUUGGCGUCUUCGCCUUUUUUGAAUCGGAGUGCUUAAUUCUGGGUUUGAUUUACCGAUAGUUAAAGGAUCCGAUGUUUUUUGAUUGAAUCCAGGACCAUCUGUAUUUCUGUGGUAAAUACAGUUUCUGAGUUUGCCACAGUUUGAGAUAAAAUGCAAUCCGACAAUGGUAAGUUAUUUAUUGGUGGGAUAUCAUGGGACACAAAUGAAGAGCGGCUUAGAGAUUAUUUCAGUUCUUAUGGGGAGGUCGUGGAAGCAGUAAUUAUGAAGGAUCGGACAACAGGUAGAGCCCGUGGAUUUGGUUUUGUAGUUUUUGCAGACCCAACUGUUGCUGAGAGAGUCAUAAAAGAGAAGCACAACAUUGAUGGAAGGAUGGUUGAGGCCAAGAAGGCUGUUCCAAGGGAUGACCAGAGCAUACUGAGUAGAAACAGUGGUAGCAGCAACCAUGGUUCUCCUGGUCCAGGCCGCACGAAAAAGAUAUUUGUUGGUGGUUUAGCGUCCACAGUUACAGAGAGUGAUUUCAAGAAGUACUUUGAUCAAUUUGGGACAAUAACAGAUGUUGUAGUUAUGUACGAUCACAACACUCAGAGGCCAAGAGGCUUUGGAUUUAUCACUUAUGACUCUGAAGAAGCUGUUGAGAAGGUCUUAUUUAAGACCUUCCAUGAAUUGAAUGGUAAAAUGGUUGAGGUCAAGCGUGCAGUUCCUAAGGAACUAUCACCUGCACCAAGCCGAAGCCCACUCGCUGGAUAUAACUAUGGUAUGAAUAGGGUCAAUAAUUUCCUAACUGGCUUCACGCAGGGAUAUGCUCCAGGUGCUGUUGGAGGCUUUGGACUCAGGGUGGAUGGUAGAUUCAGUCCUGUUGCAAGUGGUCGAAGUGGGUUUUCACCAUUUGGAUCUGGUUAUGGAAUGAAUAUGAAUUUUGAGCCCGGUUUGAGCCCUGGAUUUGGAGGGAAUGCAAAUUUCAAUAACAGUCUUAGUUACGGUCGGGCAAUAAAUCCAUAUUAUAUUGGAAGCUCAAAUAGGUUUGGGAGUCCUAUUGGAUAUGAUGGUAAUAAUGGAGGAAACAACUCUUUCUUCAGCUCUGUAACUCGGAACUUGUGGAGAACUGAUAGUCUUAAUUACGGAACAAGUUCUGCUAACUCCAGUGCAUACACAGGAUCAGGAAGUGGGAAUGUUGGAGGAAGUAUUUAUGGCAAUGCUGGAGUCAGUUGGGGUUCUUCAUCAAUUUCUGCCCAAGGUACAAUGAACAAUGUGUCACAGAUUAGUGGUGCUAACCUCAGCUUUGGGGUAGAUGACAAUGGUUAUGGUCUGGGAACCGGAGGUUAUGGAAGAAACAGUGGUACAAAUAUUGCUCCGACAUCAUCACACUCUGCAUCAAAUGGUGCUUUUGACGGAGCUUUUGCUGAUUUAUACAAUAGUAGUUCAGUUUAUGGGGAUGCCACUUGGCGGUCUUCAAAUUCUGAGCUAGAUGAAUCUGGUCCCUUUGGUUUUGGGCUUGGUGCUGCAGCUUCAGAUGUUUCUGCUAAAAGCUCUCCUGGUUAUGUUGGUGGUUAUACUGUUAAUAAGAGACAGCCAAAUAGGGUCCAUGAGGGAAUUGAGAGAAAUAUGAGUCUUAAUAUUGGGUGCAUGGAUACAGGAAUUGCUACAUAGGAAGGUCAUUUUGAAGACACGAACGAAAUUGUAGGUGAAGAUAAAAGCAGUGAAGCAGAUGAAUUGUGAAUUUUGCAGAUCACUGUGUUACUAUAUUAUUUUUAUGAAAGACAUAAGAUGUUUGAUUAUGUAGAACUAACUGGAGUGCCUAUUUUGAGGAUGUCAGAUCAGAUAUAGAGAUAAAAGUUACAAAGGGAAUGUUAAGGCUUUGGGAGUUUUGGGUUAUGGUUUUAGGAUUUAAGUUUUUGGGAUUUGAGAGUGAGGUGUAAAAUCAGAUUGCGGGAAAUAGUUGGAAGUGUAUCAUGCAUUCACUUUUGUGGCGGCAAAUAUUAAAAGAUAAGCAGCACUUCUUUUACAUUUUUUUAAUUUGGUUCUUGUUGGUAAAGUUUUAAUCUGUGAUGUCUCAAAAGGUUGUGUUUGUUUCCUCAAUCAUUUUGGUUGUUUUUGACUUUGUUGUUAGACUGUAGCAAGGUUUUAAUUGAUUUCUAGUGA